GAGGGUUACGUCUUCUCCAGCCGCUGAGCACAGCCACUACCGCCACUGUCUGGUGGGAAGUGCUGUCUUUCGUCGGUGGCGGCAGUGGUAGCUGCAGAUCUGAACAAUAACAAAAGCGACUUCAAAGAAGUUGAAAUGAGUGCCUUGUGUCGGUGCUGCAAGCAUUGGAGGAGAAUUCGCUGAGAGGUGAAUUUGGAUGUCCCGCCUACUUGCACGGAGCGGCGAUGAAAUCGUACCGGCCGCUCGGGGUCGAGGAGGAUACCUCAUGGCGGAUGCAUCAUUUCUUCAAAUUACUGGGACUACUCGUAAUCGGGGUUCUAUUCAUUCAAUACUCUUCAAAUGUUCUGAUGGUCAGAUCACCGACGCUCCCGUGGGUGCAGUCAGAAAUUGUUUACAAUGUAAUACCGAUGGUGAAAACGAAUUCGACAAAUGCCACCGAACCAUCGUAUUCGAAAGACACCGCCAGCGAUAAACUCAGAAACGAAACCUGCCAAAUCCUACGGCACCACCUCGACGACAACUCUACGGCGCUCUGUGUCAAUGAGACUGUGUUACGGAAAUGUCCCCUGAUUCCACCACGUCUCGUUGGGCCCAUGAAGAUCUUGACCGAGGACAUCUCAUUCGAGGAUAUCGAAGCGCUUCAUCGGGAUAUCGAGCUGGGUGGUAAACACCAUCCCGAGGAGUGCGCGGCACGAUUCAAGGUUGCCAUUAUCGUCCCCUACAGAGAUCGAGAGUAUCACCUACAGAAAUUCCUCCACAACAUACACCCCAUGCUCAAACGCCAACAAUUGGAUUACGAGGUUUUCGUUGUCGAGCAAAAUGGAACCUUCCGAUUCAAUCGAGCCAAACUCAUGAACAUCGGUUACUUGGAGGCGAAUAAAAUCGCGGAUUUCGAUUGCUAUAUUUUUCACGACGUCGACCUGAUACCGGAAGACGAUCGCAAUCUCUAUUCGUGUCCGGAUCAGCCACGCCAUAUGUCGGUGGCUGUCGACACUCUGAGCUACAAGCUACCCUACGCCAACAUUUUCGGAGGGGUUUCGGCACUCAGUCGGAAGCACAUGCAGAAAGUCAACGGCUUCUCGAACGAGUUCUGGGGCUGGGGAGGUGAAGACGACGAUAUGAGCGCUCGUAUUCGUUACUACAAAUUGAAGAUCACGCGCUAUCCUUCAUCGAUCGCACGUUAUAAAAUGCUCAAGCACAGAAAAGACAAACCAAAUCCAGAUCGGUAUAAAAAUUUGCGGCGCGGACGACUCCGUUACCGUACCGACGGUAUCAAUAGCUGCAAAUACCACGUACUUAAUAUUGUUUUCAAGAAGCUCUACACGUGGAUCUUGGUCGAUGUGUUGGAGCCCAAAGGCAAGAAAGGAUAG